AUGACCAUCAUGUCCGGCUGGAAACGCCUAAAUGUCGGCGUCAUUGGCGGCGGAAUCGGCGGCAUGUCCACCGCCAUCGCACUCCGUCGCGCAGGCCACGAGGUAACCAUCUACGAGAAAUCGGAUUUCGCCGGCGAAGUAGGCGCAUCCGUGUCCUGCGCGGCGAACGGGACUCGAUGGCUGCACGAGUGGGGGGUUGAUAUUGCCAAGGGUGACCCAGUCGUGUUGAAGAAGUUGAUCAAUCGGGACUGGAAGACGGGGGAGCCUGUGAGUGUGUAUGAUUUGGAUGACUAUGAGAAGCGGUGGGGAUAUGUGUACAACAUGUUUCAUCGACAAUAUAUGCAUUCCAUGUUGAAGGAUUCGGCGUUGGGGGAGGAAGGGGAAGGGACGCCUGCGAAGUUGAUUGUUAACCAUCGGUGUCGCGAUAUCGAUAUGAAGGCCAGCACGGUGAUCUUCGAAAACGGAGUCACUGCCCACCACGAUCUCAUCAUCGGGGCGGACGGUAUUGGCUCCGCCGUCCGAGGAAUCCUGGGCAUCACACCCGAGAAACGUCCCUCGGAGUCUAGCUGUCUCCAUGCCAACGUCGACACCGAAGAAGCAGUGCGACUCGGCCUGGUGGACUACUCUCAAGACAGUGCGCUCGAAUACUGGGGCGGCCAAGAAGGCAAAUGGGACAAGAUUGUGCUGUCCCCCUGCAACGGCGGCAAACUCCUCUCCUACUACUGCUUCUUCCCCCGCGAACAAGGCGAUUAUUCCACCCAAGCCUGGGGCGCAGAGUCUCGACCGGUCGAGGAACUUCUCAAGCCUUAUCCUGAAUUAGACCGCCAGGUGUUCAAGCAUCUCUCCAUUGGAAAGGAGAUUCAGCCGUGGCGGUUGUGGGUGCAUGAUCCUUAUCCGUAUAUUCAUCAGGGGAAUACCUGUCUGUUGGGUGAUGCGGGCCAUCCGAUGAUGCCUCACCAGAGUCAGGGUGCGUGCAUGGCCAUCGAAGAUGCCGCCGCGCUGGGAAUCCUAUUCAAUAAGAAGUAUUUCAACGGUGAUGUUGCGCAGUCUCUCGCGGCGUAUGAGCAGGUGCGUUUGCCUCGCGUGACUCGAGUGCAGGCUGCAGCUGCCAAGGCGGCGUAUAACAUUAACGAGAGAAUUGGAUUCUCCGUUAACAAAGACACCCCCACAUACAAGGUCGAGGACCCGAAGAAGGUCCUGACGAUUGAAGAAAUGAACUCAUACGAUAUGUACCACGACAUCGAGGAGAAACUGGCGGCUAUCCGCGGCAUCAACUAUACCGACAAGUUUGUCUGCGGUCUGCCUGUGGGGUUGGAACUGCCUAAUGGUGUUAUCAUUGGGGCUGCAGCAUGA